AUGGAUUUUGGAGGGAACAUGUUCUGUCUCAACAACAGAGACCAAAAUAAUAACACCAACGGUAACAGUAACAGUAGUAACAGUAACGGUUUCACUUGGGGUAGUAUUAAUAGUACUACCACUAGUAACAACAGUGCAUGGAACAACAAUACUUUCAACGUUGCCGUCAACCCCGGUUUAGCCAACGCGGUGAUGCUUCAUCAACAUGCAAACGAAGGCGGCGUACGGCAGGAUCGGGGAAACUACGCGGAGGCGUUUGGUGGAGGUUUGGCUAGGGCUCACGUGAUGCCGGACCCGCAUCUCACGUGUUUGAAGUUGGGGAAGAGGCAUUAUUUUGAGGAUGUCAGUGGUGGAGGCGGUGGUGGAGGAUUCGUGGAUAAGAGAGGGAAAGGGUACUGUGGUGGCGGUGGUGGCAAGGCGGCGACGGGUUUGGCGGUGGGGAGUUCGGUGGCGAGAUGUCAGGUGGAUGGGUGCCACGUGGGAUUGAUGAACGCGAAGGAGUAUCAUAGGAGACAUAAGGUUUGUGAGAUGCAUUCAAAGGCACCAAAAGUUGUGGUGAUGGGUUUGGAGCAGAGAUUCUGUCAGCAGUGUAGCAGGUUCCAUGUUGUGUCGGAGUUUGAUGAUUCAAAGAGAAGUUGUAGGAGAAGACUUGCCGGGCACAAUGAGAGAAGAAGAAAGAGCUCCCAUGAUUCUGUUUCAAGGAGUUCAUCACAAAGUGGAUGUGCUCUCUCUCUUCUGUCAUCUAGGACUGAUUCAUGGCUUUCUCCCGAUGAUCUCUCCGUAAGAUGCAGUGCCGCAUUAAGCGAAUUGAUAGCAGAAAACCGAGCAGCGAUCAUGGCUAGGCAAUAUGUCUCCGAAAGAGACUGGCAUUUGCAACACCAUGCAGUGGAAGACUACAAAGAGAUUCAACCCGAGUCCAACUAUUUCCCGCAACAUAUGUUUCCGCAGACACACUAA